UGCCCGGCGACCGCCUUGUCGAGGUCAACGGGGUCGUCGUCGAGGAGAUGUCGCGCGACGACGUCAUUGAGCUGAUCCGGCGCAGCGGCGACGAGGUGACGCUCACCGUUCGGCCCGUGCUCGAGCUCAGCGAGCUGACGAUGAGACCCGGCUGGGAGACGGGAGACGGGGGCCGCGAGGAGAACCUGAGGGUCGUCGGGAACCUGGCGCGCACGGGCAGCGUCAACUACAAGCACGGCGAGGGAAGAACAGAGGAGCAACUGAGUGCGGAGAAACGAUGGCAGGACGAGGAGCACAUGUGGCUCAUGCAUCGCGGCGGAUUCUCGGCCGCGCGGAGGCUGAGGGAGGACGAAGCGACGGGGCUUCCCGAGGGAAAGCUCACGAUACGGCUUCAGCACGGAGGAGAGAUCCUACAGGUUGAUGUAGAGGACGUGGAGAAGGCGAACCCUCUGCAGCUGGACCGCACUGAGGACAUGUCGUGUCUGCCGAACAUCAACGAGUCGGGGCUGCUGCACGUGCUGCGGCAGCGCUACGCCUGCAACCUCGUGCACACCUACGCCGGCCCCGUCAUGUGCAUCGUCAACCCCAUGCACCCGCUCUGCAUCUACUCCGAGAAGGUGAUCCACAUGCUGAAGGGCUGCAAGCAGGAGGACAUGCCGCCGCACGUGUACGCGGUCGCGCAGAAGGCCUACCACGCGAUGGUGACGUCGCACCGCGACCAGUCCGUCGUUCUCGUCGGACGCAGCGGCAGCGGCAAGACGACGAACGCGCGCCACGCCCUGCACUACCUCGCCGUCGCCGCGGGAACCGUCAACAAGAUCCUCACCGUGGAGAAGCUGAAUGCGAUUGCUACGUUGAUGGAGGCAUUCGGUAACAGCCGCACCGCGCUCAACACCAACGCGUCGCGCUUCACGCAGCUCUCCUCGCUCGACUUCGACGCUGCCGGACAGAUCGCCGCUGCGUCGAUACAGGUGUACAUGUUUGAGAAGGCGCGGGUCGUGCGGCGGCCCGAGGGCGAGCCCAACUUCCACAUCUUCUACCAGCUGCUCGCCGGCUGCGACUCCGACCUGAGACGUGAGCUCCACCUGGAGAGCAUGGAGGAAACUAGUCUGUUCAUGACGCCACUCUCGAGGGUUGAAGAUAAGCAACGUGCUGCCCUCUCGUGGGGAAGGGUAGCAUCAGCAGUAGAGAUCUUAGGCAUACAGGAAAACGAGGCUAAAGCGAUGUGGUGCGUCAUCGCUGCAAUCUAUCACCUAGGUGUCGCCGGUGCUGUCACAGGCAUGGGCAGCACUAAGGCGCAGUUUGGCAAUCCCGCGGCAGCACAGAGGGCAGCACUGCUGCUCGGCACGAGCGUGGAGGCGCUGUCGCGGGCGAUCUUCAACCCGGGCCAGAUGUUGUCCGCCAGGGGUUCCUUCAGGGGCACACUGAACAGAAAUAAACCAGAUCUGUCACUAGAGGGAGCCAUCAAUCCUCUGGAGGCUCUGGAGGGAAUGGUGAUUGGCUUGUAUGCCGAAACCUUCAAUUGCCUCCUGUCCCUCAUCAAUAGGUGCCUUUCCUCCAACUAUCGAACUGUUAACUCGAUCAUCGUUGUCGAUUCGCCGGGACUUCAGAAUCCUGCCACCGCGGGGCGCCACAGCGGUGCUACAUUCGAAGACCUGUGCCACAACUAUGUGCAGGAGAGACUGCAGUAUUUGUUUCACGAGAACACCUUCACAGCUCAGAUGGACCGAUAUGCCCAGGAGGACAUUCCAUUUGCCUUUGAGACGUCGUCGUCCACUCCCGAGUCGAUGGUGAACAUGAUCGACAAACCCAUACAGUCGCCGAUUGUAAUCGAUGCGUUGGUGGAGCCGGCUAGGUUGAAGUCACAGUUUGUCGUGCACCACCUGGCAGGGACGAGCCCCGUUCUCUACAGUGCCACCAACUGGCUGAAGGCGGCGCGAGAGAACCCCGUGAGUCGGUUAGCCUCCACCGUGCUGCAGGACUCGCAGAAGGAAAACAUCUGCAACCUGUUUCUGACGCUGCGAGGUCCCGUUCCGUCGGUGCUCAGCGGCUCGUGCGUCGGUAUAGAGGGCAGCACCUCGCUGCGGCGCGCGUCCAGCAUGCGGCGCACGCACACGACGGGCGUGGCCGGCACGAAGCGCCGGUCAACCGCGCUGCAGGUCAAGUUCCAGAUGGAUGGCAUCGUGGAGACGCUGCGACGCACCAGCGUCCACUACGUACAGUGCAUCCUGCCGCAGCACAACGCCGGCCUCUGCGACCUCAAGGCGACCUUGUCGAGUCCUACGAAGAACCAGAACGCCGCCGAGGUCGUGAUGAACGUUCCCCUGGUGCGCAGGCAGAUCCGCGGGGCUGAGCUGGUCGACACGCUGAGGAUGAACAGACAGGGCUACCCGGACCACGUGCCGUUCGCGCAGUUCCGCCGCCGCUUCGAGAUGCUGGCGCCGGCCGAGGCGCGCACGACGGGAGCCGUGCUUGACGAGCGACGGGCCGUGGAGGGAGUCAUGCCGCACCUAGACGUGCAGCAGUCUGCCUACCGCCUCGGCAUGAGCAUGGUGUUUUUCCGCGCGGCGGGGGCGCUGGCGCAGCUCGAGUCGCAUCGGGACGAGAAGCUGCGGGGCGACACAGUUACGUGGCCGGUGCGCGAGUGGUGCGUGUGGAAGGUGUUCACGAAAUGGCUGGCGCGCUGCUACGACGUGCACGCCCAGCGAGAGAGCUUGCGAGCGAAGGAGGCUGAGGUAGAGGACCUGAGAACUAGACUACAGAAGACAGAGAAGGAACGCAGUGAGUUGAAGACGAACCAUGAUCGUCUGGAAGCACGGUCGCGCUACAGCAAUGUCAGCAAGAAGACGCAGAAGAUGGAGAUGGAGAUGCUGGAGCUGCGGAUGCUGAGGACCAGCGUCAUGGAUGAGGAUGACGACGACGACGACGAUGGCGACGACAAUAUCUACAAGGCGAGGUUCGAGAGGGCUGUGCGGGAAGCGGAGAUUGCGAAGAAGCGGGCCGAGAAGGAACAUGAAGAGGAAGUUGAACAAAUGACAGCAGUGAAGAAGAUGCUUGAGAGAAAGCUCGGGGAGACAGUGCAGGAGUAUGAGGAACAGCAGCAGCAGGCACAGAGCUGGAAGCGCAAGACCGUGAAGCUGCAGAGUGAGUUCGAGGAUUUCCAACACCAGAUGGAGCAGCAGACGACGCGCAAUAGCCAAUUGGAGCGCAAGCAGAGAAAGUUUGACGCCGAGCUGCACCGGGCGCAGGAGGAGCUCGCGGAGGAGGUGCAGAAGCGUGAGCGGCUGCUGAGGGAGAAGGACGAGAUCGCAGGCGAGAGCUACCGGCUCGAGCAGGAGACGCGGCUGCUGAAGGAGGACCACGGCGCCGCGCAGGAGAAGCUGCGCCAGCUGCAGGAGGAGAUCGAGGAGUUUGAGCGCGCGGCCCACAGCAAGGAUGACAAAGAGCUGCUGCGGCUGCGGCGGGAGAAGCAUGAUCUCGACAAGAAGCAGCAGGACCAGGAGGACGAGCUGGACGAGCAGGCGGGGCAGAUCCAGCAGCUGCAGCAGGCGAAGUUGCGACUUGAGAUGGAGAACGAGAAGCUGCGGCAGAGCCACAGCAAGGAGCUCGACGCGCACGAGGAGGAGAUGGAGGAGCUGAGGACAACCACCUCCAAGCGGACGACCAUCUGUCGGCUGAAGGAAGUGAUCGACCACUUCCAAGCGGAGAAGGAGAACGGGCGAGGGACCGAGCAGAAGGCGCAGGAGGAGGUGAAGAAGCUGCAGAGAGAGCUGCGAGAACUGAAGGAGGAGUACGCCAACCUGAACAGGAAGGAAUCCGAGGCUUCACAGAGGAAGCACGACUUGGAGCUAAGCAUGGAGACGGCUGAGGCGACAACUGAACAGCUGCAGAGUGACCUUCGAUUGGCCUUCAAGAGAAUAGAUGACCUACAGAAUGCGCUCGAAGACGAGAUAAUGACCGAUAGCGAUCUAGGUGGCAAUGACAGAUGGCAUAGUUAG